AUGAAGAUUUUUCAGUUUAAACCAGCAUUAUAUAAAUUGAAUAUUGUUGAAUCCUUAAUGUUAUCAUCUCCAAAUAUACUAUUGUCAUCGUCUUCAACUAUAAUAUCUUCAUUCCCAACUACAACAACAUCUUCCUCAACUUUAACAACAUCUUAUUCAACUAUAACAUUGUCCUCAACUGUAACUUUGUCACCGCCAACAGUAAUUUCGCCACCACUAAUUGUGACUACAUUGUUGCCACUAAUUGUGCCACCACCAAUUUUGACUACAUCGCUGCUACCAAUUUGCACAACUGAUCUAAUUAAUUAUUUGAGCCAAAAAAAAUUGUACUUAAAUGACAACUAUUACGCUAUUCUUCAACAACAAGAAAUAAUUGGUCAGGAUUUUUUGGAAUUAAACCAGAAAUCUCUUGAAAAUUGGAGGAUAGCUAGUAAACUAGCAAAAUGGUUAGCAAAAGAAGCAAGACUUCUAAAAAAAUGA